AUUCCCGCAGCCUCGGCGGAGCGUGGGCGGGGUUCCCAGUCUGCGACAGUCGCUCGCUCCCGCGGGCGAGCGAGGCCGACAGCCACUACACAAGCAAACAGGCCUGGAGCGCACACUUCCAAGAGGCAGCUCAAGGGAGGGCUCCGCGUUACUGAGACCCCGGCUCUGCAUAGAAGACUCAUGGAGCUCGGAGCACACAGGGCUGGCCUCUCCGGGGCUAGCAGGUCCUUCCUGGAUUUUUAGGGCCCUGCCCUAGCCCAGCCACCAUGGCACACGGUUUCGCAGUGGGCUUUGACCCACUGGGUCUGGGAGACCUAAGCUCCGGCUCUCUGAGCUCCCUCUCCUCCCGAGGCCACCUGGGCAGCGACUCCGGCUCCACCGCAACGCGAUACCUGCUAAAGAGGCAGCAACGGCUGCUGAAUGGGCCCCCCCGCGGAAUCCGAGCCUCGUCGCCCAUGGGCCGUGUCAUCCUCAUCAACUCCCCCAUCGAAGCCAACAGCGAUGAAAGUGACAUCAUCCACGCAGUCCGGGUGGAGAAGAGUGCAGCGGGGAGGCUGGGCUUCAGCGUGCGUGGGGGCUCGGAGCACGGCCUGGGCAUCUUUGUCAGCAAAGUGGAGGAGGGGAGCAGCGCAGAGCGGGCUGGCCUGUGCGUGGGGGACAAGAUCACGGAGGUGAACGGGCUGAGCCUGGAGAGCACCACCAUGGGCAGCGCCGUGAAGGUGCUGACAGGCAGCAGCCGCCUGCACAUGAUGGUGCGGCGCAUGGGCCGAGUGCCGGGCAUCAAGUUCUCCAAAGAGAAGACCACGUGGGUGGAUGUGGUGAAUCGGCGGCUGGUGGUGGAGAAGUGCGGCUCCACGCUGUCAGACAAGAGCUCAGAGGACGGCGUGCGGCGCAUUGUCCACCUGUACACAACCUCGGACGACUUCUGCCUGGGCUUCAACAUCCGCGGGGGCAAGGAGUUUGGCCUGGGCAUCUACGUGUCCAAAGUGGACCAUGGUGGGCUGGCUGAGGAGAAUGGCAUCAAGGUGGGGGACCAGGUCCUGGCGGCCAACGGUGUCAGGUUCGAUGACAUCAGCCACAGCCAGGCCGUGGAAGUGCUCAAGGGCCAAACGCACAUCAUGUUGACCAUCAAGGAGACUGGCCGGUACCCUGCCUACAAGGAGAUGGUUUCUGAGUACUGCUGGCUGGACCGACUGAGCAACGGGGUGCUGCAGCAGCUGUCCCCUGCCUCUGAGAGCAGCUCCAGUGUCUCCUCCUGUGCCUCCAGUGCCCCCUACAGCUCAGGUUCCCUGCCCUCCGACCGCAUGGACGUCUGCCUGGGCCCCGAGGAGCCGGGCAGCCACGGCCCAGGCUGGGGCCGGGCGGACACAGCUAUGCAGACGGAGCCUGAUGCGGGGGCCCACGUGGAGACCUGGUGCAGCGUGCGGCCCACAGUCAUCCUCAGGGACACAGCCAUCCGCUCUGAUGGCCCCCCGCCUGCCCGCCGCCUCGAUUCUGCACUCUCUGAGUCACCCAAGACUGCUUUGCUACUGGCCCUUAGCCGACCCCGGCCCCCCAUCACACGCUCCCAGAGCCACCUGACCUUGUGGGAGGAGAAGAAGCAGCGAAAGAAGGAGAAGUCGGGGUCCCCGGGGGAGAAGGGUGCCCUGCAGCGCUCCAAGACGCUGAUGAACCUCUUCUUCAAGGGAGGGCGGCAGGGGCGCCUAGCAGGGGACGGGCGCAGAGAGGCCUGGACGCUGGACAGCGGGAGCCUGGCCAAAGCCCGCCCUCGCCCAGAUGUGGAGAAAGGGGGCGUGGGGCCCGUGCAGAAGUUUGUCACCUGGAGACUGAGACGCGACCGGGAGAGGGGCAGGGCCCUGCUCUCUGCCAGGUCCGGGAGCCCCUCCAGCCAGCUGCCCAGCGUGGAUGAGCGAGUGCAGGCCUGGGAGAGCCGACGGCCCCUCAUUCAGGACCUGGCCCGGCGCCUGCUGACCGACGAUGAGGUGCUGGCCGUCACCCGCCACUGUUCCCGGUAUGUGCACGAGGGUGGCGUGGAGGACCUGGUGAGGCCCCUGCUGGCCAUUCUCGACAGGCCUGAGAAGCUGCUGCUGCUGAGGGACAUCAGGAGUGUGGUGGCCCCCACGGACCUGGGCCGCUUUGACAGCAUGGUGAUGCCUGUGGAGCUGGAGGCUUUCGAGGCCCUCAAGAGCAGGGCAGCCCGGCCUCCUGCUUUGCGACCUGCCCGGCAGGACACACCACCGAAGCGUCACCUCAUCACCCCUGUGCCUGACAGCCGCGGAGGCUUCUACCUGCUGCCCGCAAAUGGCUUCUCGGAGGAGGAUGAUGCCGGGGAGCUGAGGGAGCAGCUGGGAGGCCUCAAGGUCUCCCUGAGUGCCCCUGCCCCCUGCCACUCUCAUAAAGGGAUCCCCCCUCUCCAAGACGUGCCAGUAGAUGCCUUUGCCCCCCGCCGAAGCGCCUGCACACCCCCUCCCCAACCACCCCCCGUGGCUCCCUGGCCCCCACGGCCUAACUGGCUGCUGACAGAGCCCCUGAGCCUAGAGGGCCCCGGGCAGGGCCAGAGCCAGGGCCGGGCUCAGAGCCGCAGCCGCAGCCGGAGUCGAGGCAAGUCCCCUGGACGCAGGCGCUCCCCAUCCCCGGCACCCAUCCCCACCCCCAGCAUGGCCAAUGGGCGCUACCACAAGCCUCGGAAGGCCAGGCCCCCCCUGCCACGACCUCUGGAUGGACAGGCAGCCAAGGUGGGGGGCAGGCAAGGGCCCUCCGAGAAUGGAACUGGCGGGACAGUGGAGGAGGCAGCCAUGCAGGCCCCCAGUGGGGAGUUGAGGACAGUCACUCUGUCCAAGAUGAAGCAGUCCUUAGGCAUCAGCAUUUCCGGGGGCAUUGAGUCCAAGGUGCAGCCCAUGGUGAAGAUAGAGAAGGUCUUCCCUGGUGGGGCCGCCUUCCUCAGUGGGGCCCUGCAGGCUGGCUUCGAGCUUGUGGCAGUGGAUGGAGAGAGCCUGGAGCAGGUGACCCACCAACGAGCAGUAGACACCAUCCGUCGGGCUUAUCGAAACAAGGCUCGGGAGCCCAUGGAGCUUGUGGUCAGGGUCCCCAGGCCCAGCCCACUACCCUCACCCUCUGACUCAUCAGCCCUCCCCGACCAGCGCCUUCCUGCUGACCGUCCCCCUGCCCACCAAGCCCGUGAUGCUACUGAGGAUCCCGUGCCCUGGCACCCAGAACCUCCCAACACCCAGCCCCCUCCCACGGAUACUGGCCUCUUCCAGCCCACUCCCAGCCCAGUCCCCUCUCCAACCCUCCAGACUCCCGAUACCCACCCCACCUCUCCCCACUUACCCCAUGACCCUUCCCACUAACCUCAGACUCCCGCCAACCCUCAGCAUCUCCCUGCUAUCUCUGGGCCUCGCCUGCUGACUUCCUCAGGAUGCAGGAACCUCCCGCUCCUACUUACCCUGCCCGCUCUGAGCUCCACUGGUGGCUCUCACCUCCCCACUUCCUUCCCUCCUCAGCCGUCACUAAGGCUCUGCCUUAAGCUUAGUGUCCAAGGACAAGGUGCUAGCGGGCAGCUUGUGUCACCUAUACUCACUGCUCCCCAACCUCCCCAGAUGGGAAAGGGGCUGAGAAACCCAACGUCUGGGGCCUGGGAUUGGUGGGCACUUUCUCAUGAUGCCCCUUUGAUUUCCCUCAAACAUUGCGGGACGAUGUGGACUCCCAGGGCCCUCAAGGGGUCAAUGCAUAUACUCCCCAUUCUGUGCAAGGGACAGGAUGAAAGGCUAUUCAUUCCCUUGACCCCUGAGAGACCAUUUCAUGUUGGGGUCCACUAGGACCUCACUUUCUAUGAUUUUUCCUUCC